AUGAUGCUACAUGGAUCUUCCAGCACAGAUUUGGGGUAUUUCCUAAAGAUUUAUGAUAUGUUGGAAGAGGAAGAGGAGAUGCAGAAAUCGAGAGGACAAGGAGGAGACGAUGCUUUGUUUUCAUCGCUUCUUCACGCACGGCUCCUCACGCUUCGACAUUUAACACCUCUAGGCUCUAUUUGA